AUUUUGAGUAUCAAUCAUAUAAAUCCUAACAGUUCUCUCUCUUUCACACACUCACACACAGUCCAGAGAAUGAGACAGAUUGGGACAAAGAAUGGCAACAGAUGAUCCAUCGAAAGAAAACAUUUUUCAUGUUCAAGAAUUCUAGAAACAGAAAUUCCAAAGUCGGGAUCUUUUGUGCACAAGAAUUCUUGAAACAGAAAUUGCAGAACAAGCAUCUUUCAUGUUCAAGAAUUCUUGAGAUGAAAUAGCAAUUUUGCCCAUUUUUUGCAUUAACUUGGUGCUCUUUUGCAUUCAAGAAAAACCCUUCACAAAUUUUCUUAGAUUUCAAUUUAUAUGGCAUCAUCGAUGGAGAGGAGCAGCAGUCGGAGGAGCUCCACUCCUUUCAUGCCAAGAAGUAUCGUGAUUGCUUUCGAUGCAACAAAAAUACGAGACAUUCAGGAGCUUAAGCAGAUUAUUUCUAAUAUUAGGUUGCAUGACGACAUGAUUCAAGAAGCAGCCACAAUCAAGCUGCUUGGGGUGUUGCACAAAGUACUGCACCCCAUGGGCUUCCAAAUUCAAAUAGGGCCUAAGUCUUUUGUUGGAGCACAUUUCCGUGCGAUAGAAGAAGACGUCUCUAGAAAGGUUGAUGAAUAUGUUCAUACACUCCAGCACACUGCUGAAGAAUGUGAAGCCGAAGGGGUUAAUAUCGAGGUCAAUAUUUCUGCUGGAGCUCCGAUCAAGAAGGUGGUUGUGCAAGAAGUAGUAGCUUUGAACCCAACGUGGGCUAUAAUUGAUAGGCACCUAAGGAAGGAAUUGAGGUUUUACAUUCAGCACAUACCUUGCAAGGUCGCCCACGUUGUGGAUAACUUAUGCUUGCAGGUUUUGAGAUCUUAUCGUUUAGACAAGAGUACUGACACUAUCAAGAAUAAUCUGGUUUAUUCACUAUCCAAGCCCGUUUCACCGCCACCUCCACCUGACAAUGAGAGUGAUAAGCAGUCUGUCGUUUCUGUACCUGCAAAUUCCCCAAGAAGUUCUGAUAUUUCCAAGAGCAGCAUGAUGUCAUCGGCCACAGCGUACGCUGAGGAGCCACGGAAUGAUUUUGACUCAAAUGAUCAUCAAGAGACAUCAGCAGGCAGCCAACAUGAACUGGAAAAUAAACAUGAUGAGUCUCCUGAAAAGAUGCAAAAAGAGAUAAGUUUGCAGAAUCAUUCUGGAAAUCCUGUUUCUUGCUCUGCCAGCGAGAUCAAAACGGGGCAGGAUUCAAUGGGAUGUAGUUAUUCUGAUGCACCAGACAAACUCUCAUCAGUUGAUUCAGUGGAAGAAGGUACGAAAGCUAAAGUCAAAAUUAAACAAGAUGUUUCUCCCCCAGUGAACCAAAGACAAACAAGUCUUCAGAUACAUCCUGAUGUGAUGAAAAAGGACCUGGAUUCAAUGGGAUUUACUUUUUCCAUGAUCAAGACUGCGACCAAUAAUUUUUCACCUGAUAAUUUACUGCGAGAAGGUGACUAUGGAGUAGUAUAUAAAGGUCGGCUUAAGAAUGGGCAGCUGAUUGCUGUAAAGGUGCAAAAGGAUGCAAACAAAAGACCUUCCGCAGAAUUUCGUUCUGAAAUUUACGUCCUCAGCAUAGUACGUCACAAGAACAUUGAGAUGCUUCUUGGAUAUUGUUGCAAGGAAAACCUCGACAUCUUGGUUUAUGAAUAUAUAUGCAAUAAAUCACUGGAGUGGCAUUUAUUUGAUAAUAAAGAACAUGUUCUUGAUUGGCACCAAAGAUAUGCUAUUGCCGUUGGAACUGCAAAAGGGCUGCAGUUUCUACAUGAAGAGUGUCGGGGAAGUCCUCUCGUUCAUCAGGACAUCAGGCCAAGCAAUAUAUUGCUCACAGACGACUUCAUUCCCUUGCUGGGAGACUGCGGUCUGGCAAAGUGGAAGACGAAUAAAGAUGAUAUCCAGACAAGACUUGUUGACAAUCUUGCAUAUCUUGCACCCGAGCGUGCAGAAAAAGGCGUUUCUUCAGUGAAAACAGAUGUCUAUGCACUAGGCAUUGUUCUGAUACAACUGAUAUCAGGAAGAAAGCCCGAUAGUUCAACAACAGACAACCGGCAGAAGAACCUUAAACAAUGGGCUUUGCCUUUGAUUCAAACACUUGCAUUCGACGAGCUUGUCGAUCCUCGUCUUGAGUAUUCAUACGACACAUAUGAACUGUACAACAUGGCUAGAGCAGCAUACUCGUGUGUCCAAACUAAACCUUCAAUGCGGCCAACAAUUGGAGAGGUAUUGUGCAUUCUUGAGGGGACGAACGAUCUUCGACGCCACCUAAAGAGCAAUUUAUACCCAAUCAUACUGAAUACAGAGGCCAGCCCUUAGUUGAGGUGAAACUGUAAUGCUGAUUUUCGAUCUUUCUCUUCAUUCAAUUUUCAUCUCACUCAUAUAUAGUCAGGAGACACUGAGGGGACUAGCCUUACUGAUGUGCCUCUACAGAAGAUGAAAAUUCAAAUUUUAAUUUCCUGUUGUGGUUAGGAGUGUAUUCAUAGCCAUUGAAAGAGAUAAACAACAAUAAUUCCCAUCCUAUUCUUAUAUGACUGCGUUGGUGUAUGUUUCGGUGAUGCGAAAUCAGUUGACAGG